AGGGAUCUUGAACAUGACGAACUUGAAGAACAAAAGAGGGAUCCUGGAAAGGAACACUAUGGAUAUGGUUCUAAUAAACAUGGACAUGGACAUGGACAUCAUAAGAGGGAUCUUGAACAUGACGAACUUGAAGAACAAAAGAGGGAUCCUGGAAAGGAACACUAUGGAUAUGGUUCUAAUAAACAUGGACAUGGACAUGGACAUCAUAAGAGGGAUCUUGAACAUGACGAACUUGAAGAACAAAAGAGGGAUCCUGGAAAGGAACACUAUGGACAUGGUCAUAAUAAAGGACAUGGUUAUGGACAUGAUGGAUAUGGACAUGGACAUGGACAUGGAGAUAAGCAUCACUAA